UGCCCGCCUCGGCCUCCCAAAGUGCUGGAAUUACAGGCGUGAGCCACCGUGCCAGGCCAUGACAACAUCUUAAUAACUAUGCUAUAUGAUAAGUAUUGAGAACUGGUAGGGUAACUCCCCUCACCUUAGUAUUCUUCAUGUCUUAGCUGUUGUAUGCCCUUUGCUUUUUCAUAUAUAUAUUUUUGAAUCUGCCUGUCAGAUUUCACAAAAGAGUUGAUUUGGAUUUCCUUUAGUCACAUUGCCUCUAUAGAUCAGCUUGGGGAGAAUUGGCAUCUUUACGAUAUUGGAUCUUCCUAACUAUGAAUAAAGUAUAGCUCAUUAUUUAUUUAGAUCUUUUUAAAUGACUCUUAAUAAGUCUUAGAAUUUUCUCCAUGAAGGUUCUGCACAUGUUUUGCUAGAUUUCAUCCUAGGUUAUUUUUUGUUGCUCUCAUAACUAGCACACUUAAAAACAUGGCAUGUUGUAACUGUUGCUGGUAUACAGCACUGUAACAGAUCUUACAUGUUGAUUUUUGCAUCCAGUGCUCAAUCCCUUGUUGGGAUUGAUCACAUCUUCAAGAAAAUAAGAUCCACAAUAUGUAAGUUUUCUAACAUUUAAAUGUCAAUAUUGAAGACUGGAAAGGAUGUAGAUUUUCUUGCCUGCUUUUAUUAGUCUUGGAUUUAUGAAACACCAGAUUGACUUGUCUUUCAAAUAUUGUAAUCUUUGCCAGGGAAGUGGUAUAUUUUACCAAGUGACUGAUUCAAGAAUAGUACUUUUUUUAUGUUGCCUCCUAUAUAUUCCUAGAUUGAUUUGGGGGCCAGAAGGUUACGUUAGUCACAUUGUUUUCACUUUUUUUUUUUUUAAAACUAUUUUCUUGCCACUAUCUGUCCUUUUUACUUUUAUUUCUGCUAAUUCUUUCCUGGUCUCCUUUUCUAAUUCUCAUUUCUCUCUUAACUUCAUUUUACUCAGAAUAUGAAAUAUAAAUCACAUGAUGUUUACUGCAUAGGUUUAGGAAUUGUAAUAACUGGUCAUCUUGAGCCUGAGGAUUUAUAUGAAUUAUUUACAGAAUAAUAAUGUUAUAGGCAUAAUCAUAUUUUAUCACCUCUUGAUGUAUGUAUUAGGAACUAGUUCAAAAUUUUGUAUGAGGCUGCAUGACAUUUUUUUCCUUAAGUGUGGUUACUGGAAAGACAAAUACUUUGAUUUUUGUCUCAUAGCAGUUUGGGAUAAAACGUACACAUUUGACAAACCCUCUUCCUGUAAAGUGAAAUCACUUUUGUUUGACAAAGAAUAGAUUGAAACUAAUGAGAAUAUCUGGCCAACCAGCUUUUGUUUUACAAGAGCUAUGCCUUGCCAAUACCUUCAAUAUCUAGGUACUCUCCUUUCUUUUAUAGGUUUACCUAUGCACGUAUCUAUCAAAAUGCUACAUUGUUUUCUUCAUGAGCACUGAGUACACUAAACUGUGAAAUUAAACCACAUUUCCUCAUUUGAAAUUGCAAAACUUCUUCCUCUGGACUUUCCAGUGAUGUACUACUGGGAGAAGAGUCAGAAUGAAUAAGCAAAGAGGUUACUGAAUACUUCUUUUAAAAGGGUGUGUUAAGACAUGGGCAACUAGUCCAGGGAGGAAGAGCUGAUGGCUUAAUAGUAUGUGGUGAGACACUGGUCUCUGGAUUUGCAACAUUACCAAAUUUGUCUAUUUCAAAUGUCCUUGAAAUGUGAACCAUGUACUUAACUGCAGGGUUAUUCAGCCCUGCAGUUAUUACCUAAUGCUCCCAUGACAACAUUAUUUUUAUUUCUUUCAACUCUUUGUCUGUCAUGGUUAUAAGAUGGUCCAAGUUAUGCCCUCUAAUGAAUACUGCUUAAUAUGUAAUGUACAUUUGUAGUUCAGUGGUUCUUAACCCUGGCUGCCCGUUAGAAUCACCCAGGGAACCUAAAACACAUACAUAUACAUCAGAGAGUGGGCUCCUCACCAGCUCAAUAAAAUCAGACUGUCCUGGGUAUGGCUUGGGGCAUCAGUGUUCUUUUAAAAGCUCCCCAAUGAUUUUAAGACAGCCAGAGUUGAGAACCACUAGUUUAAUGGGAUAAGCAUGUGUCAUUUAUUGUAAUCUGCGUUUGUUGGAGAAUUUUUUCCUCUUAAUGUUAUAGUAAUCUGAAAAUAGAUAUGCCUUUGCAAGUAAAUUGGAUUUAGCAAGAUUUCUUGUAAAGAAGUUUCUUAUCUUAGCUGAAACCUUUUAAGUGUACUUUUGAGACGGUCUCUCCCAGCAUACUUAUAAUCUUGAAAGAAAAAAAAUACUUCUCAAAAUAUUGACACAUUGCAUUCCAGAAGUUUGGAGUCAUGUACAGGAUGAAAAAGAACUCACUGAAGUUCUCUUUAGAUGUCUACAGUAUCUACCUUUCAAAGAACUUUUGAGUAAUUACCCAUUUUCUCAUUGUAAGCUUGAUAGAACACUCAGCUCAUUGUUCUGUUUACCUUUUUCUAGGUUUGAGUUCAGUCUAUGCCACCUUUUCACUGUAUAUGGGUCAAGUAUCAUUAUCUCAUUGAAAAGUGUAGUAGGCCUGGAAUACCUUGUACAGUGCAGAUGAGAUAGAAAUGAGAACUCUCUAAAUUGUGAAGGGCUACUUAGCCAUAGGCAUUAUUAUUAUUAUUAUUAUUAUUAUUAUUAAGAGACGGGGUUUUGCUAUGUUGCCCAGGUUGGUCUUGAACUCCUGAGCUCAAGCCAUCCUCCCACCUUGGCCUCCCAAAGUGCUGAGAUUAUAAGCAUGAGUCAUCAUGCUCGGCCCAUAAACUGAUUAUUUAAAUCCUAGUCCCCUAAGAGACCAAAUUAUUAUCCUUAUUAUCCUUCGGUGUGAAGUGAGUCUGACAUCUCAAUAUACAUGUCAAUAUAAUGACAAACGUUUAUACCCAUGUAUAGAAAACACUUUGCCCUAUCCUUUUGCCCUGCCCCUAGGAGAUGCACAGAGCUGCUGCUUGUGAGGUGAAGGGAAGAGAGAUCUCAGGAUGAUGUCUAAGUUCUCAGUGAAACCUGCUCUUCCUCUCUCUAAAUGUUUCCCACGUCCAGCUCCAGUGCCGAUGUUUUAGAAAACGAUUAUGAGAGCUUACGUGUAUUAAAUGUUGAAAGAAAUGGAAAUAUUAUUUAUACAUAUAAGGAUGAUAAGGGAAAUGUCAUCUUUGGAUUAUAUGAUUGUCAAACCAGACAAAAUGAGCUUCUGUAUACCUUUGAGAAAGACUUGCAAGUUUUCAGUUGCUCUGUCAACAGUGAAAGAACUUUGCUUGCUGCAAGUUUAGUUCAGUCUACUAAAGAAGGAAAAAGGAACGAACUUCAACCAGGAUCAAAGUGCUUGACUUUGUUGGUUGAAAUCCACCCUGUUAACAAUGUGAAGGUUCUGAAGGCUGUGGAUAGCUAUAUUUGGGUUCAGUUUCUCUACCCACAUGUUGAAAGUCAUCCUCUUCCAGAGAACCAUCUGUUACUGAUUUCAGAAGAGAAAUAUAUUGAGCAAUUACGUAUCCAUGUCGCCCAAGAAGAUGGAAAUAGAGUGGUGAUUAAAAAUUCUGGCCAUCUCCCGAGAGACAGAAUAGCUGAGGAUUUCGUUUGGGCUCAGUGGGAUAUGUCAGAACAGAGAUUAUACUACAUUGACCUGAAGAAAUCAAGGAGUAUCUUAAAAUGUAUCCAGUUUUAUGCUGAUGAGAGCUAUAACUUAAUGUUUGAAGUACCCUUGGAUGUAUCAUUAAGCAACUCAGGAUUUAAACUUGUCAACUUUGGAUGUGAUUACCAUCAAGACCGAGAAAAAUUAUCCAAACACCUGACUCUGUGUGUUUUUACCAACCAUACAGGAAGUUUGUGUGUAUGUUACAGCCCGAAGUGUGCCUCUUGGGAACAAAUCACAUAUUCAGUGUUUUACAUUCAUAAAGGACACAGCAAGACCUUCACCACUUCUCUUGAGAAUGUUGGCUCACACGUGACAAAGGGCAUUACUUUUCUCAACCUUGACUAUUAUGUGGCUGUUUACUUACGUGGUCAUUUCUUCCACCUACUUAAUGUUCAACAUCCAGACCUGAUCUGCCACAGUCUUUUUCUGACAGGGAAUAAUGAAAUGAUUGAUAUGCUACCUCAUUGCCCUUUACAGUCAUUGUCAGGGUCCCUGGUACUGGAUUGUUGUUCUGGAAAGCUCUAUAGAGCACUGCUCAGCCAGUCAUCUUUAUUACGGCUUCUGCAGAACACCCGCUUAGACUGUGAGAAGAUGGCCGCGUUGCACUGUGCGCUCUACUGCGGUCAAGGCACGCGGUUCCUGGAAGGCCAGAUUAUUCAAUGGAUUUCUGAGAAUGUCUCCGCCUGCCAUUCAUUUGACCUCAUUCAGGAAUUUAUAAUUGCUUCUUCAUAUUGGAGUGUAUAUUCAGAAACAAGUAACAUGGACAAACUAUUGCCACAUUCCUCAGUGCUCACUUGGAAUACAGAAAUUCCUGGAAUAACUCUUGUGACAGAAGACAUUGCAUUGCCUUUUAUGAAGGUGCUCAACUUUAAGGGCUACUGGGAAAAACUGAACUCCAACCUAGAAUAUGUUAAGUAUGCCAAGCCACACUUCCACUAUAACAACAUUGUGGUCAGGAGAGAGUGGCACAACCUGAUCUCUGAAGAGAAAACAGGAAAAAGAAGGUCCACGGCAUACGUGAGGACUAUUCUUGAUAAUGCAAUAAAGGUGAUUUCUAACCUAGAAGCAAGAAAUUUGGGGCCAAGAUUAACACCCCUCUUGCAGGAGGAAGACAGCCACCAGCGGCUGCUCAUGGGGCUGAUGGUGUCUGAGCUAAAAGACCAUUUUUUGAGACACCUACAGGGUGUAGAAAAGAAGAAAAUUGAACAGAUGGUUCUGGACUACAUUUCAAAACUGCUGGAUCUCAUUUGCCACAUCCUAGAAACCAGUUGGAGGAAACAUAAUCUUCAUUCCUGCAUUCUCCACUUCAACAGUCGUGGCAGUGCUGCUGAAUUUGCAGUUUUUCACAUCAUGACCAGGAUUCUCGAAGCUACAAAGAGUUUGUUUUUACCUCUGCCUCCUGGUUUUCAUACUCUGCACACCAUCCUCGGGGUCCACUGUCUCCCUUUGCAUAACCUGCUGCAUUGCAUUGACAGUGGAGUGUUGCUUCUCACUGAAACAGCUGUCGUAAGGCUCAUGAAAGAUCUGGACAAUACAGAGAAAAAUGAAAAACUGAAAUUCAGUAUCAUUUUGCGGCUUCCUCCGCUUAUUGGUCAGAAGAUUUGUAGACUUUGGGAUCAUCCUAUGAGUUCUAACAUCAUUUCACGGAACCACGUGACGCGACUGCUUCAGAACUAUAAGAAACAGCCUCGGAAUUCUAUGAUUGACAAGUCAUCGUUCAGUGUAGAAUUUCUGCCUCUGAACUACUUCAUUGAAAUUCUGACAGAUAUAGAGUCCUCCAAUCAAGCCCUGUAUCCUUUUGAAGGACAUGACAAUGUGGAUGCAGAAUUUGUAGAGGAAGCAGCUCUGAAACAUACCACAAUGCUUUUAGGCUUAUGAAAAAGAAAACGCAAUUGGAUCUGCUGCUGCCAUUUUAAUCUUGCUCAUUAACCUUACUCCUGUUGAGAAUCCUUUAGCAAUAUUUAAAAUUGGUAACAAAACUAAGAAAUUGUUCAGCCAUUUGAGAUUCAGGUUGGUACACGUUCAGACAGAACUAUAACUGCUGUAUCACAUUCCAAUUUUGAAUAGCCAGUGAGCAAUCAAGUGUAGAGAAAUGAUAAAUGGUCUAAGAAGGCAUACAGUGGCAUAAACUAUGCUCUUCCUAGUAGCUUAAUAGGCCACAAGCUAGUUGCACUCUGAAAUAAAAUAUGCUUUAAAAAUGUAGGGAACAGUGCUUAGAAAAGCAAAAACGAGGUGUGUCAUUGAAAUAACAGGAAGAAAAUUAAAUGUUAUGUAAGAACACUAUUUGGAAAGAGGUUCCUUUUAAAAACUGAGUUUGUACUAAAUCAGAUUUGCCAUGUCCAGCACAGAAUAAUUUGUACUUAGUAUUUACAGCAGGGUUUGUCUUUGUGAAUUCAGAUGAAAUGUAUUUAAUUUUUUUAUAUUUAUAAAACGUUGAUUUAGGAAUAUUUUGUCAUUAAAAAACCUGAAAACA